UGUUCGAUCGGACCGGAGAGCAUACGCACCGCAAAAUCCGUCGUAGUCUUUCGCUUCGGCAGUAGCAGCAACAGCAUAGCGGUCGUGUCAAACGUCCACGUCGACGACGGCCAUCGCGAACGUAAACCGUAUUCAACGCAACAUUGUCUGUAAGCGCGUGCGGCGGAUGCGCGAAGUUCCGACGGUCCGCUAAGAGAAGAGGACAAAACUAGACUACGCGUUUGACGAGGAAAAUCAUUUCGCGUGACGCGUUUUCACCAAUCGCAGCGUCGGGAUCAACAUCAGCAUCGGUGGACGGAAUAGAACGGAAAAAUGCCGGCUAAAAAUAAGGAGCAAGAACAGGAGGUGUUGGAGUGGAUCGGUCAAGUGUUGGGUGAGAAGAUGCCGACCAACAUACCAUACGAAGAUCAGCUCAAAGAUGGUGUCGUGCUGUGCAACCUGAUCAACAAGAUUAGUCCAGGAUCGGUAAAGAAGAUCCAGACCAAAGGAUCGAACUUUCAACUUAUGGAGAACAUCCAACGAUUUCAAGCGGCUAUCAAGAAGUACGGUGUGCCCGAAGAAGAGAUUUUUCAAACGGCCGACUUGUUUGAACGCAGAAACAUACCGCAGGUGACGCUAUGUCUGUACGCCCUUGCUCGUAUAACGCAAAAGCACCCGGAAUACACGGGACCAGCACUGGGCCCUAAGAUGGCUGAAGCCAACAAGAGAGAGUUCACCGAAGACCAGCUAAGAGCGUCCGAGGGCCAUCUCAACUUGCAGAUGGGUUUCAACAAAGGAGCCUCCCAGUCAGGUCUGGGAUCGUUCGGCAACUCGAGGCAUAUGUAACAAGCUUGUUUUACACUUUUCUAACGUCCACUACUGAGAUUGCACUUCGCAAACACUGCAACGAGACGUGGUUUACAUAUUUAUAUUUUAUUAUUAUUGUUUUUAUUAUCACACGCACUAUGCUUAUAUUAUUA